AGCAAAACAAAGUGACACCUGACUUCCAACAGCAUGGUGGCGACCUACUUGCCCCGGUCUGUGUCACACCGGCUCAUGUCGGCGAUAAACCGGAGUUUAUAGCAGAUUAAGUCGCAGAUUAAACCGCAGAUUAAACCGCAGAUUAUGACGUUGUAGCGCGUGUUUACCAUGUUGACGUCAGCCUCCCCCAGAGUGAACCUGCGGACUCCGCUCUCCCUGAGCAGGAGUUUGUCCUCCAGUCAGCGCCGCUCCUCGGAGUCCCCUCACCGGCCUCUGCUCGGAGCCCUCGCCGAGCCACAGCCACCGCCACCGGAGCGGGAGGACGAAGAGGAGCGGACCCGCAGACUCCGCAAGGACCCGAGCGACCGCUCCGUGUUCCUGUUCCCCGGGCAGGGCAGCCAGUUCGUGGGCAUGGGUCGAGGAUUGUUCAAGUAUCCCAACGUGAAAGAGAUGUUCGCGGUGGCGCAGAAGAUUCUCGGCUACGACCUGCGGACUCUGUGUCUGCAGGGACCCGAGGAGGAGCUGGCGAGGACGGUGCACUGUCAGCCCGCCGUGUUCGUCACGUCUCUGGCUGCUGUGGAGAGACUGAGCUGCGAGAACCCGCAGGCCAUUGAGUCGUGUGUCGGCGCUGCAGGUUUCAGUGUUGGAGAAUUUGCUGCUCUGGUGUUCGCUGGUGCCAUGAACUUUGCAGAGGCUCUGUAUGCGGUGAAGGUGCGCGCUGAGGCCAUGCAGAAGGCCUCCGACAUGGUUCCCAGUGGGAUGUUGUCGGUCGUCGGUAAAUGUCAGGCUCAGUAUAAAAGUGCGUGCGUACAAGCUAAAGAGCACUGCAAGAGCUUAGGGAUCCAGGCGCCGGUUUGCUCCGUGGCUAACUUCCUGUUUCCUGAUGGCAGGGUCAUCGCAGGUCACCGGCAGGCUCUGGACUUCCUCCAGCAGAACUCGAGACGUCUCCAGUUCACCAGAGUCAAACCUCUUCCUGUCAGCGGAGCCUUUCACACGGAGCUGAUGGCGUCAGCCACUCAGCCCCUGAGAGACGUCCUCAGACAGGUGGAGGUCAGUCACACCCCGUACCUCACCCCGUACCUCACCCUGGACCUCUCACCUGUACCUCACCCAAGUCACGUCCGCAUACAGCUGGUGAAGCAGCUGGUGUCGCCGGUGAAGUGGGAGCAGACGCUGCACGAGAUCUACGAGAGAGCGCAGGGCGAGAAGUUCCCUCACACCUACGAGGUCGGCCCGGGAAAGCAGCUCGGUGCCACGCUUCAGCGGUGCAACAUGAAGGCCUUCAAAACAUACACACCGGUGCAAGUCAGCGCUUCUGAAGACUAAUAAUGCACAUGUGUGGACUCUGAGCAGCUCAACCUGCACCUUUGUAGGAUUACAAUGGUUUUUUUUUUGUUUUUUUAAAUAAAUACGACCGCAAACA